AUGGGAAACAUGAUUGAAUAGAUUGUUAAGGAUCAGUUUAACUGCUAAUCUUCCUUUGUUGAUCAACAGAAAAUUCCUAUAGGUAUGUCUUUGUUUUAGGUAUUUAGAAUUAGAAUUACAUUAGAUCAGGCCUCCUUUGAACUGUGUUUUUAUAAAAUGUGA